GUAUUUGUGCUACGUGUCAGGAAGUUCUGUAGUCAACAUGGCGGCACAGCAGGGUGAUGUUGAUGAGCUCUUCGAUGUGAAAAAUGCAUAUUAUAUCGGCAGUUAUCAACAAUGUAUCAACGAGGCUCAGAAGGUGAAGCCGUCAACACCAGAGAAGGAGACUGAGCGGGACAUGUUUUUGUACAGAGCUUACAUUGCCCAGAGGAAGUAUGCUGUAGUCCUGGAUGACAUAAAGAGCAACUCAUCACCUGAGCUUCAGGCUGUCAGGAUGUUUGCUGAGUAUCUCUCAAAUGAAGGCAAAAGGGAUGCUAUUGUCGCUGAUCUAGACAAGAAGAUGGCGAAGAGUGUGGAUGCUGCCAACACCACCUUCCUCCUCAUGGCUGCCUCCAUCUAUUACCAUGAGAUGAACACUGACGCUGCUCUCAGGACUCUGCACCAAGGAGAAAGCCUGGAGUGCAUGGCCAUGACUAUCCAGGUACUGCUGAGUCUGGAUCGUGUUGACCUUGCAAGGAAAGAGCUGAAGAAGAUGCAGGAGCAGGAUGAAGAUGCUACUCUAACCCAGUUAGCCACAGCCUGGGUUAAUAUCGCUGUGGGUGGAGAGAAGCUGCAGGAUGCCUACUAUAUUUUCCAGGAGAUGUCAGACAAGUACUCAUCUACGCUGCUGCUUCUCAAUGGGCAGGCGGCCUGUUACAUGGCUCAGAACAAGUGGGAAGAGGCUGAGGGAGUGCUGCAGGAGGCACUUGACAAGGACAGCAGCCACCCUGAGACCUUGAUCAACCUCAUAGUGCUGACUCAGCACCUGGGCAAAGCUCCCGAGGUAACUAAUCGGUACCUCUCUCAGCUGAAAGAUGCUCACAAAGCCCAUCCAUUCCUCAAAGACUAUUUCUCCAAGGAGAAUGAAUUUGACAGACUAGAGAUGCAGUACACCCCCACCGCUACAGCAUAAAACAUCUGCUUUUGUUGAGACAGCUCAACAAUGGACUUCAUUUCAGCGCCAUGACGAUAACACUCUCUUUCUCUCGCUCUCUCUCUCUAACUUGCAUACCUGUAUUUGUUUUGAUAUUUUUGACCUGUAAGAAAAAAAAAUGUUUAAAUGAAACUGUUGUCUGUGUUAUUAAAACCAGAACAGAGAAAACAGAACAGAAACCACCUUAGUAUCCAUUCUAAAUAAAUUUCUCCAAUGGAAAUCAACACAUUUGUGUAAUGAAUGCAUUCCUUUGAAAAGAUAAUAAAUGUUUAUUACCAUUGUG